ACUGUCAAAACGUUGUCUGCAAAAAUUUUGUCAUCUUCUUGUACUUGUAGUUAUUCGAAAUCGUGAACAAUUUUCGCCUUAAACUUCUUUAUCGGUCGUUUUUCAGGAUUUAUCAGUGUCUGUCACCCAGACAAAAUAUAAUCCCUGCUGUGGGCAUAAGGUUAGGUAACUUCGGUAUACCAGGCCCACAGCGAAAGCGCCGAUGUUUGCGAGUGAAAAAAAGCGGAGAAACAAAAGUGAAAUUUCUCGCUUUCGGGCAAGGCUGGUAACAAAAACUGCUGAUAAGGAACCGUGCCGGGAUUUAACGUUGUUUGAGCGAGGCCCGAGUAGUAUACUAUAGUGCCGGAGAAUGACGUUGGAUGCCAGCGUUUUACCAUCGGAGCUGGUAACCACCGCUCAGCCAUUAGUUGGGCUAUCCGGCUUGGAUGUGCAGCGGAACACUAUCCACAAAACGAUCUGGGAUGCGUUCAACAACGGCAAAAAGCCAGAAAGCGAAUCUAUCCAAUAUAAGCUUCUUCCACCCAGCUAUGAAUUUCCUGUUUCGAAACCAAAACACCAAUCCUACGAAUGGUAUCAUCCAAAAGGUAUCUUGAAACGAAACUGGAUGCUGAAACAUUUGCAUGUUUUGCCGGCAGUCGUAGUCCUGUUUCAGGAUCUAGAAUGGAAUGAUCCACAGUGGAGUGAGAAGCAAUUGCAGUGUGCUUCCAUUAUCCAGUCGCUGAAAAACUCACUCCAAGGACGAAACACCCGGCUAGCGGUAGUUUUACUUCAAAAAGGUGCUAGCAUACCUCAAGGAGAUGAUUUACUUGCUUCCGAGAGGGCAUCCCACUUGACCAGCACCUGUGACAUUACCGCAAAAAUGCUUUUCGUGCUUCCUCACAACGAUCAUUUAAUGAAUCACAUACUGAGACUGCAAUCCGCUUUUCUGGAGCUUGCCCAGUCUUACUAUACCCAAAUGAUGAAGCAAAUUCGGUCGCAUCGGGAACAGCUUACAGAAUCCCACCAAAUGCUGAAAAUUCGGCACCAAUUUAAGCUUGGCUUUAUUUCCGAGCUCAAAUUGGAUCAAUCGAACGCACUGCGACACUAUCGCCAAACCUACGCCAAUCUAGACGAGAUUCGAAUCGUAGACACCAACUGUCUCGAAGUCAAAACCCUCGCCGGUUUCGUGAGCUACAAAAUUUGUCGUCUAUUUUUCAAACUCAACGCACCAAAGGAUUCGAUAUCGCACUUCAAGAACCACAUCACCAAAUAUCGCAACCGAACUGGUUUCAAGGAGCUACUCUUCGAGCACUACGCCUGGCUGAGUGUGCAGUACAGUGCCUUCGGUGAGUUGUUUUGCGACGCAGUCAAAAACGGACUGGCGCCACUGCAAACCCAACAUCCUGGUAUUUACUUCCACAAAGCGGCUGAAUAUGUAGGCAAGCGCAAGGAGGCAUUUUUGCAGUGUUCCGCACUGGCACCCCCAAGUGAAGCCCAAACAGGUGGCGCUGGACAGGCUUCUUCCACAAAUGCUAACGCGGUGCUGUACAGUGACUUUUUCGGUAUACGAGGCACGAAAACAGGUGAACCUGUUUCCGAGCAACAAGUUAUCUGCCUGGUACAGGAGAUAGAGAAAUCCCACAACCAUUCGGCAGCUAUCAUCACCCUAUUGGGACAGGCCAUGGCGCAGUAUAAAGUGUACAAAUGUUUACGCUUUCGCAAAAAGCUGGCAAUCGAUAUGGCCGAGGAAUAUCUAAAAAGUGGAGAUCACUCGAAGGCGCUCACGCUUUACUCGCUUAUGCUGUCUGAUUAUCGAGUGGACAAAUGGUACACGAUAUUCGCCGAAGUUCUGUUGAAAACGUUGCGGUCUGCUUAUCUUUCCGCAUCGGUGCCCGAUUUCGUGGCAUGCAGCAUUGAGGCGUUAUCACCGCGAAUUGAGAUGGAAAAAACUGAUCGCAUUCUGGUAUUGGAAAACCUCUGGAAAGUAUUCCACAAUGUGUCUCCGGUUUCGAGUAGGCAAAUUUCACCGGAACUGUCGGCCAGCUGGCAAACCGCAUUAUCCUCUUUCAAUAAUCCCAUAAAACUUGACCUCGAUCGAUUGAACGACCUAAUAGAAUGCAAAAUAAGUUUCGAUAAACGGCAGAUAAGAAACGACGAAAAACUGCAUCUCCAACUGUACGUCCGUUCCGUAGUAGAAGUUCCUUUGAAGUUGAAAAACUUUUCCGUUUUGUUAACAGAUCUGAAGUCAAGUUCGGUUCGAGUGCCAGCAACUCAGUAUUGUGAAUAUGUUUUAGAGGAAAGCGAAGCUGGACAGGUACAGCCGAAGCCGAUAGAAGAAUUUAUACUGGAACCCAAUAAAUGCUACCGUAUACUAUUUAUUGGAGAAUGCUAUCAGUUUAUGGAGAAUGUUAACGUACAUAUUUUCCGUUUGGAAGUGCAAAUGGGAUCAGACCGAACCUACGCCAUUCUUUCGCUGCGCGAAAAACUAAACAUUCAGCGAGUAUUCAAACACUUUAAUCCGCAUCGUGACUGUAUGGAGAAAAUAUCGGUCAUCGGUUCGUGCUAUAUCAUUCCAACGUUUCACCUUGGAUCACAGACCAAACAAAACAACCAACCAAUGCUGACAAAUGAGUUUUACAAAAUUACGACAAAAAUUAUGAAUAACUCCGAUCUCUGUCUGCAGAACGUUGGAGUCAGUAUCAGUGUGCCUCAAGCUUUAAGGAGUAAUGUCUUUUUAACGACGGAUCUGAGUCAUCCGCUGCAGAAAAUAAAUUCCCACGUUCAGAUCGACAUCGGUGAACUACAGAUGCAAUCAACGACAGCAAUAUCUUAUUUCGCAACUAGUCUUGUCGAGGGUAACAUCGAAUUGCGCCAGCGACUUUUCUAUCAAACCGAAAACCUUCAUCAAACGAAACCUGUAGCUUCAUCCGCGGUGGAUUCUCCUUCUACCCCGAACAGUGAGAAAGAAGAUCUGGCCAAACUGAUCGCCAGCGAGCGUAGCGCAUUAAAGUACAACAAUAAUCAUAAUGUUAAAAUCGAAUACCUAAACGACGAACAGGUGCGCAAGAUCAAGGAGGAUACCAUCGUGGUGCCUUGCAUUGAAGAAAUUAGGCUAGUUGGGCAGUUCUAUACACUGAGCCGAGAGCCCCUGGUUAGGGCUUUUCGAAAUGAAGAUUUUAUCCUAAGAAUCGCUAUGGAAGUCAAAGCUCCGGAUAGUGUGGAUAUUUUGGAGACGCAGUUCAUAAGUGACCACAACAUUCUAGAAAAACCUUACAAAGGCAACCAGCGGGUUAUCGGAACAAAGCUUACUCAAAAUACCCGCUUUCAAGACCUGCGGAUACUGCAUCCCUUAAACUGCACUCGAAAUUGGAUAACGCAAAGCGAUUAUCUAAAUAACGAUGUUCGUCUGACGUUCAGUCGCAGUCAAACACCGGAUCAAGUAAGCAAUGGUGGAACCACAUUGCCACAGUCGCGCCCUAUCAUGUCCGAUGAGCAUUUCAACCGAAGCUUGCUGGCAAAGCUUCCAACUAAUGCAACCAUUAUCGGUAGCACUAAUGCCAAUCUAACGAAUCAGUUAAAUCUCCCACUAACCGCUGCUUCGUCCAAUUCUUCUACUAAUAAUGCUGCUCCUCCGGGAUCAUCACCGGUGCCAAUGGCUACUGGUCAACCAGGAUUGAUGACUUCAUCCACGGGGAGCGCUGAGGAUUUCAAAGUACGACCACUUCCGGUUGGUACUAUCGGUGCUGUCAGCGGUGACGAUCAACUGCGAGAUGAUUUUACCAAAGGACUGACAAAAGUGAAAAAUAUCUACAACCAAGCAAUCGACUGUGUUCAAUUGACCAACAACGAACGGAACGGGUUCAUCAAUGCCGGGCUAAGUGCGCUGUCAACCGGUAAAGGACGGACAGGAGAGUCGGAUGGGACGGAACCAACCGAAAAGUCACUUAUUUUUGGUGUUUACUGUAUCCGCUGGUGCCGCAGUUCUUCCCCAGGUGUGAUCAACGAGUCAAAAUUUGUGAUUCACGGUAUAGAGGUGACAGACCCAUCGCUUAACCUGUACUGCUAUCUCGAGGAAAAGAUGUUCGUGCGUAUCCCGAUGACGCUGCGUAUCACGUUGAAAAAUCCGACGCGAAAAAUACUACACCUGCAGGCUCUGCUGAAUAGUUCGGAUAGUUUUAUGUUCUCUGGACAUAGACAACUCAAUGUAACGAUUUUCGCCUUCUCUACGUACGAUCUGCUGUUCAACCUCUACCCCCUAAAGGCUGGCUGGCAACCACUACCGGAAUUACAACUCGAAUACAUCAAUCACUCGGGUGCGACAGGAUCGAACGAACUCGCAUCGAACAGCACCAGUCAGCAGCAACUGUCGUCAGUAGUUGCAACCGGAGGCAAAGGAACCCCCGUUCCGAUGAACAUAUCGGCCGGUUCGAACGAAACCAGCAAUACUCAACUAGGGGAGGCCGGUGAAAACCAAGAGAGCCGGGAAGCGCAGCUGAAAGCAGAGCUCGACACCCUGAUCAAACGAUGGAUGCCCAAAAUGGUUUUCAUUCACCCACCGACCCGCAACUGAGCAAGAUAGGUGCAAAACCGAAAACACGUGUAAUUCGAAAAAUGUUACGAGUUUUAGCUGUUGCAAUGGAUAACUUUUUCAAUGUGACUGGCACUUCCAUGUAGGUACAUAUUUUUUUUUAUUCUUUGGUUUAAAGUAGUAGAACAAAGCAAAAACUACCUAGAUUUGAGUUAGUGAGUUAAAUGAUUAAUAAUAUUUAGAAACGUAAUUUUAAUCCUCUCAAAUGGAUUGAAACUUCCUUCAAUAGUAGCAAGAGUUUUGAAUCAACAACGCUGUGUUAUGUACAUAUUUCUGGUAGGCAUAAAAAUGAAACAUAAACUUUAUCAUUAUUACCAACGGAAAAAAAUUAAGCAACGUAGCUAAGCGAAUUAUCUAGGAGCUGUGCAGAGUUUGUAAGAAAUAUGAUGUUGGCAAUGUUUUAUUUAGUGUUGGAAUAUUGGGUAAAUUGGCUGUCCUUUGCCAUGAGCGGAAACAAAAGUUACAAUAAUAUUUAUUGAUUUCAACUGAUUAA